AUGGCAGACGCUUGUGGGCCUCCCAUUCUCAACAAACGAAUGAGCUCAUCCAACAAGGGAGUGAACGCAGCUGUGUGUCUGUUGCAGGCGGCGGAGAGCGGCAACGUCGAGGACUUUGGGCGGCUGUACCUGGCGGAGCCGGCGCGCCUCGCCGUGCGCGACUCGCGCGGCCGCGCCGCUGCGCACCAGGCGGCCGCGCGCAACAAGCUCAACAUCCUGCAGUUCAUCGCCACGCACGGCGGAGAUCUUAAUAUAAGGGACCACGUAGGCAACACACCGCUUCAUGUGGCGAUUGAACAUAACGCACUGGACGCUGUUGAUUACCUUCUUCAGUGCGGAGUGGACACGAGUGUGCUGAACGACAAGAAGCAGGCGCCCAUCCACCUGGCGACCGAGCUGAACAAGGUGCCCGUGCUGGAGGUGAUGGCCAAGCACAAGGGGCGCAUCGAUAUCCAGCAGGGCGGCGAGCACGGCCGCACGGCGCUACACCUCGCCGCCAUCUACGACCACGAGGAGUGCGCCAGGAUCCUGAUAACAGAGUUCGGUGCAUCUCCCAGGAAACCGUGCAACAACGGUUACUAUCCCAUCCAUGAAGCAGCGAAGAAUGCAUCGUCACGCACCAUGGAAGUCUUCUUGCAAUGGGGCGAGUCUAGAGGCUGUUCCAGGGAGGAAAUGAUUUCUUUCUACGACUCGGAGGGAAAUGUACCUCUUCACUCAGCUGUACACGGAGGCGACAUCAAGGCUGUGGAAUUGUGCCUCAAAUCUGGUGCCAAAAUUUCGACUCAGCAGCACGAUCUGUCAACGCCUGUUCACCUGGCGUGCGCACAAGGGGCAACUGACAUCGUGAAACUGAUGUUCAGAAUGCAGCCCAACGAGAAGCAGCAGUGUCUGGCCUCCUGCGACGUCCAGAAGAUGACUCCCCUACAUUGCGCCGCCAUGUUCGACCAUCCAGAAAUUGUCGAGUACCUUGUUGGCGAAGGAGCAGACAUAAACGCGCUGGACAAGGAGCGCCGGUCGCCCCUGCUGCUGGCGGCAUCCCGCGGCGGCUGGCGCACCGUGCACAGCCUCAUCCGGCUGGGCGCCAACAUACACCUGAAGGACGUCAACCACCGCAACGUGCUGCACCUCGUCGUCAUGAACGGGGGCCGGCUCGAGGAAUUUGCCGACCAAGUCAUAAAGGCACAGUCCAAAUCUCAGCUGUUACAACUGCUGAACGAGAAGGAUAACACGGGAUGCUCGCCUCUGCAUUACGCCAGUCGAGAAGGUCACAUCCGGAGCCUCGAAAACCUCAUACGACUUGGCGCGUGCAUUAAUCUCAAGAACAACAAUAAUGAAAGUCCAUUGCAUUUUGCUGCGAGGUAUGGCAGAUAUAACACCGUUCGUCAGUUACUGGACUCAGAGAAAGGAACCUUCAUAAUCAAUGAAAGUGAUGGAGAAGGACUGACCCCACUCCACAUAGCUUCUCAACAAGGACACACUAGAGUUGUGCAGCUCCUUUUGAACAGAGGAGCUCUGCUUCAGAGGGACCACAAUGGCCGCAGUCCACUUCACCUUGCAUCAAUGAGUGGAUACACACAGACUAUGGAGUUACUCCAUUCUGUACACUCUCACCUCUUAGAUCAGCCAGAUAAAGAUGGGAACACUGCUCUUCAUCUAGCCACAAUGGAAAAUAAACCCAAUGCCAUUGCACUUCUGUUGUCAAUGGGAUGCAAGCUAUUGUAUAACUCAAUGGACAUGAGUGCCAUAGAUUAUGCCAUAUACUACAAAUUCCCUGAGGCAGCAUUGGCUAUGGUAACACACGAAGAACGUGCUAGCGAAGUAAUGGCUCUCAAAUCUGACAAACAUCCAUGUGUCAUACUUGCUCUAAUUGCUUCAAUGCCAAAAGUCUUUGAGGCAGUACAAGAUAAGUGCAUUACAAAAGCUAAUUGCAAGAAAGACUCAAAAUCAUUUUAUAUCAAAUACAACUUCUCGUGCCUGAAGUGUCCUUCAGUGUAUGCACAGGUGGAUGAAAAAACUGGUGAUGCACUUCUCAUUUCAAAGCCAAUUCCUCUGUCGGCACUUAAUAUAAAGUAUAACUUCGAAUACUACCAAUACUCACGUGAGAAGAUCGCUAAACAGAGGGAGCUGUUGAAAGAUGAAAAAUGGACUCCUCCUCCCUUAAGUACUGUCAAUGCAAUGGUUGCACAUGGAAGAGUGGAAUUGCUAGCUCAUCCUCUAAGUCAAAAGUAUCUCCAGAUGAAGUGGAACUCUUAUGGGAAAUACUUUCAUCUGUUGAACUUACUUCUUUACACAGUUUUCCUUGCCUUGGUCACCUCUUUCUCAGCACAGCUCAUGGAAAAGACAUGGAUACGUCGGAAUUUUACAACUAAUUCAACAAGACCAGACUUCACAAUUCAGGUCAAAGAACCAAAAGCAGCAAUGUACAUAUGUGCAGUAUCCAUAUUGACAUAUAUUGGUCUUAGCACAAUGAGGGAAGUAUUUCAACUAUAUCAGCAACGCUGGCGAUAUUUGCUAGAUCCAAGCAACUUUGUAUCAUGGUUAUUAUAUGUAUCUGCAACCAUGAUGGUCAUUCCUGUUUUUUCUGGCAAUUUUGAUGAUCUUCAGCUGUCAUGUGCAUCUGUAACUGUAUUCCUCAGUUGGUUCAAUCUCCUGCUGUAUUUGCAAAGAUUUGAUCAAGUGGGGAUAUAUGUUGUUAUGUUUCUGGAAAUACUUCAGACACUCAUUAAAGUACUUAUUGUCUUCUCAAUACUGAUAAUUGCAUUUGGUCUUGCAUUUUAUAUACUACUUUCAGAGGGAGCACAUCUAUCAUUCAGAAAUGUUCCAAUGUCUUUAAUUAGAACAUUUUCCAUGAUGUUAGGUGAAAUUGAUUUUCUUGGAACAUAUGUUCGACCAUACUAUCUCAAUGAAGAAACUUUCUUGCCGUAUCCACUUCCAACAUUUAUCAUCUUGGGGCUAUUUAUGGUACUGAUGCCAAUUCUGCUGAUGAACUUGCUCAUUGGUUUGGCUGUUGGUGACAUUGAAUCUGUUAGAAGAAAUGCACAGCUGAAGAGACUUGCAAUGCAGGUUGUCCUCCACACAGAACUAGAACGAAAAUUGCCUCAUAUUCUGCUUGAUAAAGUUGAUAAAUCAGAAAUAAUAGAGUAUCCAAAUGAAAGCAAAUGCAAAAUAGGAUUUCUUGACUCAGUCCUUAGGAAAUGGUUCUGUAGUCCAUUUUCACAAGAUGGAGUUGAAAUGGUGUUGGAAAACAGUGAAGAUUAUAUGACAGAGGAAUUAAAUAAACAAAAAAAGAGACUGAAAGAAAUAGCAGCAGCACUUGAAACACAACAUCUUCUGCUGAGAUUAAUUGUGCAGAAAAUGGAAAUUAAAACUGAAGCAGAUGAUGUAGAUGAAGGUGUUUCACCAAAUGAGCUAAGGCCAUUGUUAGGUGUCGCCAGCAAAUGGACGUCACCUAGAGUACGCAAGAAACUUAGAAGUGCGCUUAGCUUCUCUAAAACCAACUCCACCUGAAGGACACAGUGGUUUAUUAUGCUUGGAUCUGUCAUCAAAUAGAAUACUUGAUGUUCAUUACAGGUAACAUCCAAUAAAGCAGCAGGCAACAAAACUACUAUUUCCUCAAAUUUUGUAGGUACAGCUCUGAGUGAAGACAAGUACCACUGUUGUGGACUUCCUAUAAAUUUUGUUCCUUACUUUAACUGGGAUUACAUUUGGACAAUGUAGGCCUAAUUAGUCCCAUGACAUUUUUCCGAAUACUCUAGUGUCAUGUAAUCUGAGAACUGUGAAGAAACAGUCAUAAGCUUCACUUUCAUUUGUUAUGUUUGUGACACAUGUAUGCAGAGAAGUUUCAUAUGUAAUGGCAGUACUACAAAUUAGUUUUAUCUUUAUGAACUGCAAAAAGGAUUGGUUUUCCCCGCCAUAUGUGAUAGGAUCUUAUGUUGUGGAUUUUUGUUAGAUUGAAAGAACAGGGUGAAUGAAAAGAAACAAA